GUUGGACUUUUGACAGCUUGAAGUGCUGAAUGGUGGUAAUCGAAGUGUACUCAGUAGUUCCUGAAACUCGAAGCACUAGCGUGAAGGCGCGCCCCCCCUAGCCCCUUCCUAAUGGCGCCUUCCGUGGGAUCUGCAGCCAGCAUUACGGGCCUCCUCGUAUUUGGGACCACGACUUCGCUUCUUGCUAAGAUUGUGUACGAGCUGCGAGGCGAGGGCUCCGGUGGUGAGGCCAAGUACUUUGUGAAGCCAUGGACGAUGGUGACGGUCAUGUUCCUGGGCAUGAGCCUGAGCCUGCCGCUGGCCUACAUGGAGCAGUGGGCGGAGGAGAAAAAGGCCAAAGCGGAGGGGGCCACCCCUCUCCUGGAAAAGGCGCAUGAGCACUCCGGCACAUGGCGCGAGGUGUUCAUGCUGGGCAUCCCGACGUUCUUCGAUCUCGUUGCCACCAUCCUGAUGAACGUCGGCCUGGUAUCGGUGACUGCCUCCGUGUACCAGAUGCUGCGUGGGGCGGAGAUGCUGUUUGCCGCGCUCUUUGCCGUCGUCUUCCUGGGGCGGAAACUUAACCGCUUCCACUACGGGGGCAUCGCGUGUUGUUUGGUGGGCAUCUCGUUGGUGGGCGUUGCGAGCUUGAUGAGCGGCGAGGGCAGCGCGACGCACCCGGUGACGCCCGCGCAGAUGCUGCUGGGGAUGGGCCUCAUCGUCGCGUCGCAGUCGGUCCAGGCGGCGCAGAUCACGUACGAGGACUUCUUCAUGGCGGACCUCAAUAUUGCGCCCCUCAAGAUCGUCGGAUUUGAGGGCCUGUGGGGCAGCGUGACUAUGCUCUUUGUCAUCCUUCCCAUCGUCUACUUUCUGCCGGGCGCCGAGGGGCAUGGCCUGCACGAGAACACCCUCGACACGCUCUACAUGAUCCGGCACUCGCCCGUCAUCGGCGGCGUGCUGCUCUUCGACAUGUUUGCGCUGCUCAUGUACAACUUCUCCGGCAUGUGCGUCACAGGGCAUCUUGGAGCGGUGUUCCGGACGGUUCUAGAAACGAUGCGCACCCUAUUCGUGUGGCUGGUGGACCUGUUUCUGUUUUACGGCCCUUUGGGGCUCAAGGGCCUCGGCGAAUCGUGGGGCGCCACGUCAUGGAUCCAGGCGGGCGGCUUCGUGGUGCUGGUGUCCGGCACGCUCAUCUACUCCCGGGGCGACGACGAGGACAUGACGGCACACCCGCCGGAGGAAGCGCCCGCGGUCGUGGCGGAGCCGGAGCAGCCCGCUGACGUCAUCAGGCCCGUGCCCAAGGCGCCGUCCACCGCGAGGCAACGGCCAAGUGCUGCACGCGCAGAGCCGAUUGCGAUGUCGCCUGGAACAUCGUUUUACAAGAGUUCCAUGAGCUUGGCUUCCUUCUCCCCCUUGUCUUCGUCCGUCUCGCGGUCGUACGCGUUGAGUUCCUCGCACAGGGGAGCCGCUCAGAUGAGCGUCUCGCACGCUAGUCCGCACACAAGCAGCAAUGUAUGAAGAAACUGCCGCCCUGCAUUCGGUAAUUAGUAAUUUGUCUUAGUACUUUCUGACAAUAGUCCAGCUGCAUGCGGCAAUAAAUACUCUGGGCAUUGCUUUACAAUUGUCGUGGCAAUUCUCAAAUGUGUUGCGAGACGUUUGGCCACCAUUAGGCCAUUUUGCUGGUCAACCAAUGUGGUUAAACAAGGUGUGGAACCGUCAGCAAGAGCCCACCGUCAUCAUAUGCCCCCCGGUGCAUCUCGUACAGAAACAUCCGC